UUAACAAUGCACACUGCCACAGAGAAGUUUUACGUAAAUCAGGCUGUGGCUUUGGUGGUAGAGCGGGUUGUUCACUAAUUGUAGGAUUGGUGGUUCGAUUCCUAGCCUACAUGACUCCACAUACCGAAGUGUCCUUGGCGCCUUGCAUGGCAGCUCUGAUACCAUUGGAGUGUGUGUGAAUGUGUGACAGACACAGUGUAAACCGCUUUGAAUAAACGCGUUAUAUAAGUACGCCAUUUACCAAUAUUGUUAUUAUUAUAGCGUUACUACGCGAAGCUUCACAGCGACACCGGCUGGUAAACAGGAUAGAUUGCAGUGGGAGACGUGGGCAUAAUGCUGCUUAAUAAAUAUCUGUGAAUAUUAUGGUCAGUUAUAUUUUUAUACUUUAAUUAUUUAAAGUUCGGAUAAAAGUCAAUGACGGUGAUUAAAUGUGAUUGAUUAACCCUAUGUUAAUCUUGUUCUAAGUGGAAAUUAUAGAACCAUAUACAAAGCCGGCACGAAACCCCACAGACACAAUGGCUGAAGGGGCGAGGACACAGUUUUCUGGUUUUAUUAAUGAAUACAGGUUGCGCUCGUAAAAUGGAACGUGGAAACAAUGAAGGGAAAGAAAUGCCACUGUAAAUAUCUGCAUAUUUUUUCUUCUACACAAACAGUUGGAACUCUUCUGUCAUGCCGGUGUGUGAUAUCUGCAGUGAAAAGCUGUCAUGUGACUCGGCGCUGAAGAAUCACCUGCUCCUGACACACCUGGAGGAUGAAGUGGCAUGUCCACUCUGCUCGCUCUCAGGUGUCUCUUACGACGAGCUGAACUUCCAUAUCAACACAGCACACAGUGAGACAGGUAGGGAACACACACCUGCUACAGGUGAGCCAGGAUAUCUAGAGGGUGAAUCAGAGACAGGAGCAGGUUUAUCUACCGUGUCCCACUUACCAGAAACUCAUAAUGCAGUGAAAAAGCAGAUGCUUAGACCUGCAGGAGAAACCAGUGGCAAUGAUGGAACACAUGAAAAGACUCGAGAAGACAAUAUGAUGGAGCCUCACACUUCAAAACACAGACGCUUGUCCUCCCCGAGCAAAGGCAGGACGUUCUCUUGUCCGCUGUGUAAUCUGGUCUGCACUGAUUGUUUUGUGCUGCAGGAACACGUGGAGCUUCAUCUCCAGGACCAAGCUGUUUCGGAUGGAGCAGUGCAUGUGUGUCCCAUGUGUGAGGUGGUGUGUGAUGACAGCUGUUCUCUGCAGGAACAUGUAGAGCUUCACCUGAACUGUAGCCCUGCAGGGGAUUUUUAUGGAGACAUGCGAUUUGCUCAGCAGCUGCAGGACGAAGACAAGCGCCAGAGGAAGGAGGAAGAGGCUAAACGUGAGGCUGAGGAGUUCACAAAGCUACAGAGGCAGUUUGGGCUGGAUAAUGGCGGUGGUUAUCGUAAGCAGAUGGAGAGGAGCAUGGAGCGAGCUGUGUCCCGAGGUCACAUGACUCCGACUGAGUUUCACAUGAAGCGUUUGGAGAUGAUGGAGACUCUAGCUGCAGGAAUGGAUGACGGCCAAACCAGAACCACGGGACUGCUGUCAGCACUGUAUAGCUUUUACCAGCGUGAGCGUCAGGAUGGGUCCCGUGUGUGGCUGUGUUCCGAGUCAGAACACUUUUCCUCCUCAGACGGAGACCGAGGCUGGGGCUGUGGCUACAGAAACUUCCAGAUGCUUCUGUCCUCAUUAAAGAGACUGGAACAGUACACCACACUACACACCCUUCCUGACUCAUUUCCCAGCAUCCCGCGGGUGCAGGCUCUGGUCGAAUCAGCAUGGGCAGAGGGCAUCGAUCCUCAGGGUGCAUCUCAGUUCAACGGGAAACUGAAGGGCACUCGUGCCUGGAUUGGAGCCACAGAGAUCUACGCUGUACUUACCUCCCUCCAACUGAGGGCACGUGUCGUAGACUUCCACCAGCCCACCGGUCCAGGUGACACACACCCACGACUUUUCCAGUGGGUCAAGAAUUAUUUCUCCCUCCCGUCCAGCACAGGUCCCAGAGUUCCACCCAGAGUAGUGAAGACGAACCUGCCACCAAUCUACCUCCAACACCAAGGUCACAGCCGCUCCAUAGUUGGUGUGGAAGAGAGGAGGAACGGCAGUAUAUGUGUGGUGGUGUUUGAUCCAGGCUGCUCUCCAGCUGAAAUGAGGAAGCUUCUAAAUCCAAAUGCAAGCUCCACCCACUUUAAUCGUCUGCGUAAAUUCCCCGCCCACCUCAAACGCCAGCAGUACCAAGUGGUGGUGGUGGAAGGAGUGCUGUCUGAAGAGGAGAAACGGGAGCGUGUUAUUAACUCAAGAACAUUUCAAGCUGAAAGAAUUCCCUAAAGUUUCUGUCAAUGUGUUAAAAUGAACAUGCUGAACGUGUGUGGUUUUAAGUGAUUGAAUGUCAUGUCUUUAACUCAAAUAAUAAACUAUAGUAAUUUUUUACUUUAGUAGUUUUUACUAUUGCUUUUUUCAAAAGCACAUAAUGCUUGGAAACCUCUUGUUCUCCUUAAGAUUUUUCUUCUUUUUCUCCUCUAAAACUCAUUGUGCAGACCAGACUGUGGUGUUACAGACAUGAACCUCGGUCAGGUGCUGGUACUCCCUCCCACUGCAUAGACAAGAGAGAUGAGCUUGAUCAGCCCAACUGUGACACUAUGGCAAAGUUUGUUUGUUUUUUUACAUUUUGGGUCACACUUCGGUGAAGUCCUACAGUGAAAAUUCCUUUUUGCCACAUAAUCGUGUUCUCCCAAACAAAAAAACAUCUCAAGAAUUGUUUAGCUCCACCCACUUAGAUUUUUUUAGCUAAUUUGCAUAAUAUGCUAAACCUACACUGUUUGGCCCAAAGUAUGUGGACACCUGGCCAUCUCUCCAUUUUACUCCUCAUUUAUGCAGUUAUAAUAAGCUCCACUCUUCUUGGAAGGCUUUCUACUGAUUUUGGAGUGUGGCUGUGGGGAUUUGUUCUCAAGAGUGUUAGUGAAGUCAGGUGGUUAUUGUGAAAUGUUUAAUAUUUUUAAACACCAUUAAGACUCAUCUAGACAUGUCCUAAAAUGACAUCGUUACUGACUUGCCUUUUCAUUGAGUGCACUUGAGUGAAAAUAUUGCCCUAUAUGUAGUGCGUAGGGUGCAGU